UGAACAUUCAGCGCUUCUCUCAGUAUCAACUACUCAGAAGAGGCAGGUGAUGGCCUUCAAGGCUACAUCACUUCCUUGGGCUCAGUUGCUCAUCCUCGCGGUUGUCCGUCUUGCUGAACCCAUCGGUUAUUCUCAAAUCUUUCCUUAUGUCAAUGAGAUGAUGGAACGGCUACAUGUUACGGAUGAUCCUGCGAACAUUGGGUACUAUAGUGGUCUUGUCGAGUCUUCCUUUUCACUAGCCCAACUUUUAACCAUAUACCAGUGGAGUAAAUUAUCGGACCGCAUAGGCCGUAAACCAGUAAUCAUCAUGGGUCUAGCAGGCGUAGCACUGAGUUCCUUUUGCUUCGGUCUAAGCACAUCUUUCAUGGGAGCACUCGUCUCGCGGUCUCUUUCUGGGAUGCUCUGUGGAAAUAUCGCCGUACUCUGGUCUAUGUUGUCCGAAAUAACGGACAGCACCAAUCAAGGGACAGUGUUCCCUUUAUUCGGUGCCGUCUGGGCUAUGGGAACCGUAAUAGGGCCGAUGAUAGGCGGAGAUCUGAGUGACCCUGCAGAAAGAUACCCUGACACCUUUGGAAAGUAUCAGUUUUUGCGAGAUUAUCCUUAUUUCCUCCCUUGUGCAUUGUCUUCUUGCAUCACACUCGGAUCAAUCAUACUUUGCUUUUUGUUCGUGAAUGAGACCCUUCCCAAAAUCGUCGAAGCUCGCGAAGCUCAGAGAAACAGUACUCCGCCCAAUGCAUCGAACCCUGGAUAUGGUUCCAUAAUUGGGAACACCACUCCCGCCGUGCCUCGAUCUUCCAACAUCGAUCACAGCGUAGUUAUUAACCCUGAUUCUUCUACCGGUGUCCAAGAAUCCUCCAAUUCGGGAAACGAGGAGGUAUCCAUGUCCUUGUGGGAGGUGCUUUAUUAUCCAAAAGUACCUUCGAUGUUGAUUUCAACCUCCAUGUUGAGUUUCCUGGCGGUAGGAUUCGAUGUCAUGUUCGUACUCUUCUCAUACACCGGGAUCGACCUAGGAGGGUUGGGUAGAUCGCCCCAACAAAUUGGGCUCGCCUUAUCAGCAAGUGGGCUCCUUGGAGCGUUCGGCUCUGUACUCGUUUUCCCCUGGUUGCAGCGGACGUUUAACAAUCGCAAGAUGUUCUCCUUUUUGAUGGCCAUGUGGAUAUUGGCAUAUCUAUUUGCUCCGAUCGCAAGUAUCAUUGUCCGUCUCUCCCACAAUAACGCGACAGUGUCGUGGCUUGGAGUUGUCUUGAUUCUUGUCCCUGCCAGAAUAGGUCUACUGUGUCUCCCUCUCAGUAUGAUAAUCGUCAAGGCUUCUGCACCAUCGAAAGAGCUAUUAGGCACUACAUUUGGGCUACAACAAACUACAAACUCCUUUGCCCGUGCUGUUAGCCCUGCAUUCGUCAGCUCAUUGUAUGCCAUUUCAAUCGACCAUCGCGAAAUUUUGAAUGGAAACGUUGAGUGGCUGAUCAUGGUCCUGAUCUCGAUAUAUGGGGUGUUUAUUUCGAGUCGCGUUAGGGAUGUCGAGCCUGCCACUCCAAAAGCUGGAGACAGUCACGGAAAUGUUAGUAAUGGCUUGGACGGGGAAGUUGAAGCGUAGGAUAUAUAUCUACGCUCACAAGGGGAAGGGUUAAAUUGUCAAGAUUUCUUUACGCACUUAAUGGUGCUCGCAUUUUUUUCCGCUGCACCCCUUCCGUCUGUUGCACGAUCAUUGAUUCUUCAUAGAUAUUCCCAUCGAGUUUUUUUUUUUUUUUUAUAUAUAUAUCCCGUUCUGAACAAGACGUAGCAUUGUGG